CAUGCUUCCAGGCCCAGGGAUCCCUGAUCCACUUCAGAAUGUGCUACAGCUGACUGAUCAAGACAUAGCUGACCGUCUUGAUGCCUCACACCCAUUAACAGCAUUUGCGCUGUUAAAGAUAUGGAAAGAGAAGCCACGUCCGUCGGUUUUCAACUAUCGUGCGGCUUUAGCUUAUGAACUGCGGAGGACCCAGAUGCCUGGUCUCGCAGAUGAAGUAGCUGCAGGCAAAUACAUGGAAGAGGGGACAAGUCUUGCAUUCAUUGAAGACAUGGUUCGGGGAUUACAUCAAGAUCAACUGGAAUGCCUUGGGAAUAUACUAAAACUGAGUGGAACAGACCGCUGGUCUACGAUUACACCCUCAGAUGCGAUCUCCAAGAAGAUCUUUGACUGGGUGGCAAAAUGGACAAAUGAAAUGGAGACUUGUCGGAAAUCCCGUGCCAGACAACCUGUCAAAACAGACAUGACAAAAGUCCCCGGUGGCUCCGUGUUAAGAGACGUUACUGCGACGAAAAUGCUUCUUGAUCACAGGGAUCUAAAUGAUCUGCUCGUACAGCAUGGUUUUCUAGAUUUCGCGCGUGAGAUUAUGAUCAUAGAGCAACGAUCGGUUGCAGGGUUGUUAGCAUGAAUAGAGCAGACUUUUGUCGAUAGGAAUCCAACCAAGUUUAUCUUCGCAUCGAAACAAAGUCGUCAAUUUAGUCUUUGGAUUGAGCGUAUUAUCGGCAAUUUAAUUUGUUGUUGUUGACAUUCUACUAUUUUACACCCUCCCCUC